AUGUGUAAGCCAGCUACUUGUGACAAAUGCAACAAAGCAACAUGGUUCGGAUGCGGACAACAUAUUCCAGUUGCAAUGAAUUCGGUUCCAAGAGAACAGUGGUGUACAUGCAAGCACCCUGAAAACUCUACAACCUCUAGAGAUUAUCCUCCAAAGCAAGGUACCGGAAUUAAGGUUUAA